AUGGAACGAACUCACAUUGUAGUUUCGUUGCUGCAGGCCAUCUCCGUGUCUGAACAAGUCUCCCAGGUCUUUCCGCUGCCCAAUCGUUCCGAGGUCAUCCUCACCAAAAUCGAAACAUCCGAAGUCGAAGCCGACUUUAUCGAGCUCUACUUUACCGGCCAGUACUUAGGUCGUGCGGACAUGUGGAGACUUGGGAUGAGUCUCGAGGACAAGUGCGUCUUUCUGAGGCAGAAAGUGGAAUUCGCUGGUAUCAGAGCCGAGGUCAAGAAUAUUUAUAUUAAGGGGAAGAAAGCUCAUACCGAAUCGCUACGUCAUUUGCAGAGAGCGAGCGGAUACGUUACGUCCACAACCAAGACGAUCUUUCGCAGCAAGUCGGCACAGUCCUACUUGUUCCUGCAACUUUGCAAGGAGAUGUUCGAUUUUGAUGAGGAUGGAGAACGGUACUAUGAGAAGGCUCUUUAUGGCUUUCUUCCCGAGUUGUUCCAGCGAUGGAAGGAUACGCAAGCAAAUCACGUGGUUACCAUCAUCAUCUUCGCCAGAGUCUUCUACAACGCUGCCGAGAUAUCUCACCUUGCCAACCUCACACCAGAGGGCAAAUUCCUGACUGCGCUUCAACACGAUCCGUACCUGGGCCAUUACAAGGAUUUCUACAAAGUUAUCGUCGACUUUGAGACCCGACAAGAAUGGCACAGCAUUAUGCCUGUACUCAAACAGCAAAUGCUUGAGACACACGAAGAGAUCUUGCUGAUCUAUCACAUCGGCAAGGAUGAGGCGGCAGAAGUCAAGAUCAUGGGCAGACUCGGCUACGCAUUCGAAGGCAAUAUCCUGGAAUGCAUGAACUUGGUUUUGAAUCCAUUUGACGAGUCAUAUAUCGACCGCGAUCUUUCUCGAACGGGUCUGUCCAUUCUGGUCAUUACUCCUGGAGUCGGGCACUUCGCGGUGAACAAGAACAUGCUCCGUCUCACUACCGAACGCUUGCUCGACCUGGGUAUCACGCUGGACCUCGUUUGUCUCGCUCAAUUACCGCUACACGUUACCCCAAUAUUCAGCUUCAUGAGCCAUCGGUUGCCUGAAAGCAAGGAAGCGGGCCCAUUUCGGGCUUCGAAUUUUGGUCGGUUACAAGACGUACUCUAUUAUGAUGCUCCAGAUGACGAGACUCGACCGGAAGAAGAACAUUACUCAUUGGCUCCUUGGGUGUACUGUUCCUUCUACUCGCGCUCCUACGACAAACCGUUCCGAAGCGACCGUUUCGUACCGCGAUGCAAGAUGCACGAAAUUCAAAUGCUAGGGGUCAUCGAUCACGAUCUUACAACUCUCUCGCUGCCUCUCCUCGAGCCAGAAGUCACGCGACCAGUGACAGGACAAGACAAAUCAGGAAACGUAACUCCCCGACCGAUCUCAGACGCCAAUGAAACUCAAGCGCGAAGGAUAGCCCACGAUCACUUUGAUGAUCAGAUAUUCUCAAACGGCGAGGUUCCGAUCAGGAAUUCGCUUUAUCCUCGCGAGCUCUUCUCUCCCGGCAUCAGUACACCUGCUCAUUCAGUCAAUAUGGACGCAUCUCGUGGGACUAGCGAGAAAGGGACAGUCACCCCGAAGCCGGUCAUCACAAACAGGCCCGGCUAUGUGAAAGAAGUGCGGGAAACUCCGACAUGGCAAGCAGAUGACGCUGCUCAGGCAUCUCACCAGGCUACGAAAGGUGUACAUCAAGUACAAACACCCGUAAAGGGACGGCCGCUCGCAGACGGCAGUGCCACCGCCUAUAACCCCCGAAGCACAACCUCUACCAUGACCGGCUUCAGUACACCUAAAGCGAUAGGCCGGAUGGCUUCACAGAACUUUGAGCCGGUUACGACAACAGGUACAAGUAUAGUGAGCGUCUCGCCCCGUGUUGACAAAACGCCUAGGAGCUUGACAAGCAAGAUCAGCCGGUCAACACUCUCGAGUAUAUCUGGGUUGUUCAGGGGAUUAAGCUCGCGUCCCAAUCCGACCACGCCGAUAACGACUACCGAAUCAAUCGCAACCACAACAAGGUCGUCUUCCUCUGGCAAGCCGGUCGUGCUAGAGAUCAACUCAAUGACGCUCCAUGACGUAGAAGGCAUGCCCAAAUUGAAGACCAAGGAUCAGCAAAGCCAGCACCACCGCCCGAUCGACGUCCUCAGUCGUCAAAACAAGAGACUUACGCCAUCGACGGGUACCGGCCAGUUGGCAAUGUCUGGCGAGUCUCACCCCUUCGCUUCCUUGCAAGACAAGCCAAAAAUCACCGCUACUGACAGACAUAACGCUCCAACUCGAGCCAACGAGAGAGAGCGGCCGUCCGAGGAAGGUCUGGUUCAAGCAGCGUAUUCCCUUCCCUCUCAACGAGGUGGGUCAUCAUUUCCGUACGGGAACAGCUACAAGCGAUCCUACAUGAGUAGCAUCAAUCCAUGCCGACCGGGAACGCGUAGCAUUGAAAAGGCGAGCAAAGCGAGGCGGUGGCAGCACGCACUUCCGCGCCCAACGUUCACCCAAGACGUCAAGUGGGAUAGUCUGUGUGCUCCCGCCUGCCUUCCCUUGACGAGCGACAUGGUACCGAAAGAAGAAGAGUUGAAAUCUCAAUAUCACGAGCAACUUUACGUGUUUGAUUGCCAGGCAAAUCAGCUAUCCUUUCUGCUUCGGCCACCAUCAUCGGGGCAACAGUGGGAUCUGCCCAUAGAGGUACUGAGGGAGAUGGCUUCGCAGAGACUAUCUCAAAAUUUCCAGUUCAUUGUCUCGGGCGGCAAAGCCAGCCGUGGCGCGGUCUUGUCUCGAGGGGACGUAACGGGUAUUCGCAGCGGAGGAGCCUCAGACAUCCUCAAGGCCGCCAAGGGUCCGCUAUAUCUGUCCACACCGAAUCAAGUUCAUCGGCUGGACUUCGCCAUGGACAACCGAAACACGCUCGAAGUGCACAACUACACUCGACGACUAGAUUACGCUACUCCCCCCAUGGACUACGUCUGUUUGGUCUGGCCAAGACAGCGGAAGGCCUACGAGCUAGGCACCGCGACUUUCAAAUAUCCCACCCGCAACUACGACUUCAACUAUCUUGAUCGAUUGAUCUCGGGAGCUGAAGACCGAUUGACGGAGGCUCUCCGUUAUUGGCGAACCAGAUUCAUCUUGAUCCCAUCAGACAAACCUCCCGUGUCUAUGCAGGGCUCGACUGGCGAGACCUUUGACGAGCAGGAGAUCUAUAUCACUGGCGCGACUCGCUUGCUCGAACUCAUCAGCCGGUAUCGGUGGAAAGGCAGCGGUGACGAAGCCAACAAUGCACCUCUUAGGCUACUACACACUUGGCUUGCACCCUCCGCCUGCGUAACAGAUGCUCGACUCAUGGAGGACCUGGAAGCUCUGCAUAACAAGACGAAUCGGACGGAAACAAAAGGAGAGAAGCAAGGCGAGAUCGGGCAAGCUACUCUUCCAAUCAUUGCCGCAGCUAUGCGCAAGUCUGCGAACGGUCUGCGGAUCAAUGACCGCUGGUGGCAGAAGAACUUUUAUUCGGACACCUUCCAGGGAGAUGACUUCGUGAGCUGGCUACUUGCCUCUUUCACCGACAUCAAGACCAGGGAUGCUGCUGUCGAAUGGGGACGCAAACUGUUUGAUCAGGGUUUGAUUGAGCAUUGCAGUGGUAGUCACGGCUUUCUAGAUGGAUAUUACUACUAUCGGCUUGGCGGGGCAUAUGUUGAGAAAUCACAGAAAAAGAAAAGCACCGGUUGGUUCUCUCAUGGGCGCCACGCGAAACUAGACUCUGCAACCGCAUCGGUCCACGAGAAACCAUAUGGGCUUCCCAAUACCCACGGCCCGCUACCUACUCGGACUAAGCGGAAACGCAAGGUGAAGAUGAGCCAGACAACGAUCUUGGAUCUCGACCCUCAACGGCGUAGCGACCGCGCCGAAGUCGCCAUCUUGCAUUCCGAUAUCAUACAUAAUGCGAACAAUGCAUUCCAUUUCGAACUUAAUUGGAUCGGAGUCACGGCCGGACUUCUCGACGACAUGCGACAAAGAUGGACAGUCCUGGCCGAGAAACACGGGCUCAGGCUGGUCGAAGCUCCCGUCGAGCAGAUCAAGGAUAUAGGAAGGAAGUGUGCCUAUCGACCAUGCUUCCCGAUCCGCCUAGCCCUUGCGCCGCCCGACAUCGAGGAUCUCGACGAGCGCGUGCCGGAACAGCUCAGAACCGCCAACUUCUUCGAAUAUGCCAUCUUGACCCAAAAGUUUGGGUUCGUACUGGACGUCGAGGCCACGUAUCGGUACCCGGACGAUCUCGAGGUCGAAUAUUCCUACCGAAAGGCUGCCGUGUUCGAACAUUCUCAAUUCGUUCACAAAUCCGGCUUGGCCCUUGUGCAAUGUAUAGGCGGGACGCAAGGAUUCCUCUGGAGCGACAACAGAUUAUUCUUCUCGGCAUCGUCGAGAUUUCGAGCGGAAUCUCAACACACGGCCACGACAUUGUCGAAACAACAACAAGCGGACAAGCUGCGAGAGGAUUUGUUGACUUUUUGCGCCGACCGAGAUGCGCUUGAGGCGUUUUACGCCACCGUACUACCUCCCGCGAGGACAAUAGAUGUUGACAUUCCAGACGAGAGAGGAAUGGAGGCGCAGAUCGAUCAGGUGGUUCGAGGCGAAAGGACUGAUGACGAGAAUGAUGCUACAGGGCCAUACGGCGUCUAG